UUUUCCCCAUAAUGCCAUGCGUAUUGAUAAGAAAAUGGCGUCGGGCAUGUGCUGCAGCUUCCUUAGGGAAAAGUGAUGUGUAACUUUGACGCCCUUGGCGUUAAAGUCAGAUAAAAUACGAAGAGGACAACAUGAACAGUUCAGAGUAUUGUCAUGUGUGUGCUUCCAAUGGGAAAACUAGUCGUCUACGAGUGUACCAGAUCAACUUUGAUGAGGCAGUUCGAUUUUGUGAAGACGACAAGUGUACUUAUCCUGUUGGCCAGACAGCUCCAGAAAGUAUAAUAGUGAAUAGAAAAUACACAGACAUAUCACCACCAAGGAAAAAGGCUCAAUCCAUCUCAAACCAAAAGCCCCAGCCAUUAACUUCCUCCAAGAAAUAUGGAGAUUUCAUCCCAUGCUCGCCAAGUGUAAAGAAAAUACUGAGCUCCACUGUCAACCAAACACAUCCACCAAGUGUUGGAAAAGUUCUAACCCCAUACAUACCAGGAAAAUCAACUGUUCAGAACAAUGAGCACAAUGCAAAUAAGUCUGCUUCAGCCUGCCAGGGGAAAGAGAUUGUGGGAACUACACAGAUUUUGUUUCCACAGUGGCAGAAUAAGGACGCAUUAUGUUGGCUUGAUGUUGUGAUGUGUUUACUUGUUCACUGUAAAAAACUGCAAGAAAAUGUCAAGUCUUUCAAUGAGAAGCAUAAAACCGUGCUCUCUACUCUACUCACAGCUUACAGCCAGGCCUGUGAAAUCCUAAACUCCUCUCGAGAAUUAAAGCUUAGCACAUCAAAGUCAGUGCCCAGUUCUACAGAGGAGAAAGUGCAGCUGGCGUCUUUGCGGAGUCCCUUUACAAUGCAAAAGUCACCUGACGUUGUAAACAAAUUUCAACAUAUGUCUUUGAUGGAUAAUAGAGUGAAAACUGGUGCUGGAAUAAAACUGAGUUCCCAACUCGAUUUGGAACAUUAUGCAAUCGAAGAUAGAUAUUACUAUGCAUUUAGCAUGUUGCAGGAUGUCCGAGAAACUGUUUUUGAAAAGCUUCAACCACGUCUGCAGUGCGAGAAGGGGAAAAAUGAUAGCCCUUUGUUUGCCAUUCCUUUACUAGUGAAAGGGAAUAAUGCUAUAGAGAAGCUAAUUAUGAUGAAGUAUAGGUUUGAUUUUAACUGCAAGGCUUGUGGAUACAAGCAGAGUGACUCCUAUGAGCAAGUACUGCCUACUAUCCCUAAACCUCCUCAAAAUAUGAGAUCGGCGGAACCAACAGUGGAGUGGUCGUGUUUCAAGUGCCGGGCGCCAUGGCAGCAACAAAAAAUGGUGUUUGAAAAAUUGUCUAAUGUGGUUAUCCUUCAUUUCGUGGAGGGACUUCAGAAUAACAACGUAGAAAACCUAUCUUUUACAUUUGGAGGAAGGAACUACAGAGUGAGAGGACUGAUUCAGUACCUCAGUAAUCCGGACCACUUCGUUACCUGGAUUUAUGAUGAUCAAGAGUCAGCUUGGAUGGAAUGUGAUGAUUUAAAAUCUCCGGUCUCGCAGUUCCAAAAACUUCCAUUCAAUGUUCCUGCAGAACAGAUUCAUAUCGUAAUGUGGGAGAGUUCGUGUAUGCCAGAUACAAAAGAAACAGGUGGUAUUAAACCCAUACUAAGUAUGGGGCGUAAAAAGCAACAAGCUGAAGUACAGAAAGAUGAGCAGCUCUGCAGAAAGAAGUCAUUACCAGCAGGCUUGACAAACUCCCAGAUAAAGAAGCCCGAGGAAGCCAGCUGCAGAACAGAGAAUUUACGGUCUUUAUCUCCAUCUGCUCUAAAACCCAACAUGGUUGUUACACUGACCGCUACUGGGCAGAUCGUUCAGCUGCCGCAAAAAAAUCUAGAACCACAGACACCUUGUCCAUUGUCCAGUAACCUUUCUCGAAAGUCUGCACGCGGGACAGAGCUUGAGACAUCAAGUUUUAAUAACCACACCAUCAAGGAGAUGAAAACUUCUCCUUCAGGUCCAACAAGUUCACCCAGAGUAUACACUCCCAACUUUUUAAAGUCACUCCUUCAGAGGAAAUCUCGGAAGUCUAUGGUUUUACAAGCAGAGAAUAAAAUUGAGAAAUUGUCGUCAGCAUUAGGAGGUGCUGAUACAAUGUCAAAAGUUCAUGGAAAUAGUUCUGCAAGCUUUAGAGCUCCAUUUACAGGGAAGAAGAAAUUUGAAGGCUAUUUUUCACACAGAAAUUCUAAGUCAGAUUCAUCCCAAGGCUCUAGACUGGUACGGAGUGCUAGUGUGUACUCCAUGUCAGGAGAUUCCUCGCGGCCCAAUAGUCCAACGUUAAGUUCAUACAGCGAUACUGUCACCAUGAAGAAGAGAAAGAAGGCAACGCAAGAGGCAGACGUCAAGAGGCGGAAAUCGGUGUGCAGCAGUACCAGCUCCCCAGAGUCGCUGCCCCUGGUAGAAAUGAUAGAGGUGCCAACAUCAGAAGGAUGUGACGUUCUUCAGAGUCUCUACAGUGCUUUAAAUCUCACGAUGCCUGAAAAUUCAGAGCUGACAAGUAGCAUGAAAAUGUCCCAGGUCGAAUUAAAUGGUGAUGAUUUCAUUCCUGAUGUAAAAGACCUUGCUGAUUUUAUUGCCAGUCCUGAAAAUCUUGCUUCCUCAAAUUUUGAUGAAUUUUUAGCACAGUUGUAAUUGUCAGAAAAAAAUUUGUUGUAAAAAGGUGGAUCUAAGGUCGUGAAGUUGCCAUAUUUUCAUUGUUGGUCAUUUUAUUGUCACAUUGUGUACAUCCAUUUCCAUAUUUUUCCACCUGAGUCGUGUGAUCAGGCCUGUUGAGUGUAAAUAGGUGUGGUGCAGGUAUGAGCAUUUAAAUACAUAUUUUUACCUUAGUCGUGUGAACAGAGUGCGAGUGAGAUCAGAAUUACUAGGUAUGGCUGAUUAUGUAAGUGACCAAGGGAUGAUUCAGUUUAUGUCUUUGAGAGGCAAGAGAGUGUUUCUGCCACUAUUGUGUUCCAAUCUUCAGAAGUCCUGUAUACAUUUACACCAAAGUCUAUUUUAUAUUUAAUAAUUGUUGACUUUUACUUUUGUUACAAUAUUACAUUGUUUCCCCAAAACAA